GGAUGUUCACUAUAGCAACGAGUCAUUCAAGUCAAAAUGGCUGAAUCGGAGACGAUGAGUGUUGACACCAGCAAUGAUACAGCUGAAGAUCCACUUCAAGAUCUUACAGAUGAACAAUUAUUUCAACUCGUCGAAGAGACACUACGGGCAAAUGAGGUCCUUGCUGCAGAAACGCAGAUGUUUGAGAAAUUUCUCAAGCGUGUUGAGCCGAAGGACAUGCCUGGAGUGGUGGUUCAACCAACCAUGGGAGCCCUUCAGUCUCAGUCCACCCAGGAAAUGAGAGGUGUGGGACGGAAGCGGUCCAAGUCACGCAGUAGCAACCUGGAUAAGUCCCUCAAACUUACUGCUGAACAGAAAUGUGACAUUGCUCAGAGAGAAAUAGAAGAGUUGCGAGAGGAAAUAGAGAAAUUGAAGGAAGACUCUGAGAAAAUCAUGGACACUUACAAGGCAAUAAUGGAGGAGGCGGACAUGCGUCUAGCAGAGAUGAAGAAAGACUCCUAUGAGUUUGACCGAGAUAUUGUUAAGGGUGCUGUCAACCAGAGGACAACCAAAGUGAUUGCUGAGAAGGUCAUCCGUUAUUUUGAAGAUAAACUAAGAGCAAGGGAUACACUUAUUGAAAAGUUGCGACUGAAAAAUUCCACGCUGAAAGUACAGAAGAAAAAGCUUCAUCUUCAGCUGAAACAGAAAGAGGAGAUGGGAGAGGUGCUGCAUGAGGUGGAUUUCAACCAGUUGAAGAUCGAGAACCAGCAGUACCUGGAGAAGAUAGAUGAGCGAAACCAGGACCUGCUGCGCCUCAAGCUGAUGGCAGGGAACACUCUGCAGGUCCUCAACUCGUACAAGAAAAAGCUCUAUACACUAACAAUGGAGUCUGAACGUCUUGGAUCAGAGAUAUCCUCAAGAAAUGACUUGCUGUCCAAGAUAGAUGCUGAGACCAAGGUUGUUGAGCAGGAGCGAGCCAAGGCUGAGAACAUUAACCGCAAACUGCGUCAGCAGCUAGCAGACUUCCGUGUGCCAGAGGUCAUGGAGUAUGUGUCAGAAAAGGCAGAUCUGUAUGAGAUACAGAAGAAAGUCAAAAGCUGGGAGAGAAAAGUGGAGAUUGCAGAGAUGAAGACCCAGGAAGACAUGGACACAGAUGCAGAUGAACACUCAAUGGACAAUGGAUGA